AGCUUCCUGUUCACCGUCGAGCGUCUUCAAGAGUUGCGUAUCGGUGGGUGGAAAUUCGUCUGGUUGCUAUGUGGCUCCAAAGUGAGGCUUGUUGAGCUAACAUGCUUAUUUGAGGUUCACAUACGCCCUCAGUCCACUUCUACCCAAAGUGGCAGUGAAGCUCCCAAGGUUGAGAGUGCCAAGAAUGAUUUCAAGGAUGCGAAAGUCCAGAAGGCGUUCCGGUUAGCUCAAAGCUACGGCAAUACUGUGGUGAAAACCAACCGUCCAGAGGAAGGUCCUUUCUGGCAGUUGGAAAAUUGUCAAUGUCCAAAGUGUGUCCACCCGGAUACCAAACAAAGGAUUGUCGACACGUUUUCGAUUUCACCGAAAGUCAGACCGAAGUCUGUCCGCAGCGUGGAUGCCGAGAAUGUGCGCGUGAAAUGGAAUGACGGACAUGAAAGCACAUAUUCAUGGAAUUGGCUUGCGGCGCAUCGCGGAAAUACUAAACCUGCUGCCAAGUCGGCAGCAGCAGAUGCGAUCAGAUUGCCACGACCAUUCGAGGUCUACGAACAACGAGACGGGAAUCCAUAUCCGGAGGUGGCGUACGACGCGGUCAUGUCCGAAGACAAAGCAGUCUUAGAAUGGCUAGAGAAUAUUUGGAAGUGGGGGUUCUCAUUUGUUCAAGGCGUGCCUGUUGAUCCGCAGUCGACAAAAGCUCUAAUUGAGAGAAUUGCAUUCAUAAGACAUACACACUAUGGCGGAUUCUGGGAUUUCACUGCGGAUCUGACAUACAAGGACACAGCCUACACGAAUGAGUGGCUUGGAGCUCACACGGACAACACCUACUUCAGUGAUCCCGCGAGGCUGCAGCUCUUCCACCUGCUGUCGCACACAGAUGGUAAAGGAGGAGAAAGCUUGCUGGUUGAUGGUUUUGCAGCAGCUAAGAAGCUGGCUAAGACGAGCCCUCAAUCAUACAAGAUCCUUUCCACCUCACGCCAUCCGUGGCAUGCAAGCGGAAACGAAGACGUGUGUAUACAACCCUCCUCGACUGCGCCGGUCUUUUCCGUUCACGAUGACACAAAAGCGGUCUACCAGAUUCGAUGGAAUAAUUAUGAUCGAGCUCCGAAGGCCAACUGGCACAUCAAUGAGCAAAAGGAGUGGUACGAAGCUGCCAGAGUGUAUAACAACAUUCUGACCGACUCAUCGAAUGAGAUCUGGACCCAGCUGCAACCAGGAACAGCGUUGAUUUUUGAUAAUUGGAGAAUGUUGCACGGGCGAUCUGAGUUUACUGGCAAGCGUCGUAUGUGUGGUGGCUACGUCAACAACGACGACUUUGUUUCUCGUUUCCGACUUCUGAAGUUUGGCCGACAGAAGGUGUUGGAUAACCUUGGGAACAUUAACCAGUUCAAAAGGCCCGACAGCCCUUACUCGAUCUAUUAG